AUGGGAAAGCGCAAGAAGUCCAGCCGAACUCCCCAAGGGCCGCGCAAGGUGCGACACACUCCCCCAUUUCACUAUCCAAUCUCGACUAACGCAAAUCAGCGGGAACCCCUUGCGACCACUUUCUCCUGUCUCUUUUGCAACCACGAGAACUCCGUGGUCGUCAAGCUAGACAAGAAAUCCGGCGUUGGCGACUUGUCAUGCAAAGUCUGCGGACAGAAGUACCAGACAGGCAUCAAUUAUUUGUCGGCCGCCGUGGAUGUUUACUCAGACUGGGUCGACGCGUGCGAUUCCGUGGCCAAGGGAACCGCCAAUGACUACGAUGGGACCGUGGGUUCGCAGCCGGCAAGCAACAGGCAGGAUGCGCCGGGUGCAGGAGAAACCUAUGAAGAUGAGGACUUUUGA